AUGCCGUACGAGAUCAAGAAGGUGUUCGCCAGCCUCCCCCAGGUGGAGAGGGGCGUCUCCAAGAUCCUCGGCGGCGACCCCAAGGGCAAUAAUUUCCUCUACACCAACGGGAAGUGCGUCAUCCUCAGGAACAUCGAUAACCCGGCCCUUGCUGACAUCUACACGGAGCAUGCCCACCAGGUGGUGGUGGCCAAGUACGCGCCCAGCGGAUUCUACAUCGCCUCUGGAGAUGUGUCCGGGAAGCUGCGGAUCUGGGACACCACACAGAAGGAGCACCUCCUCAAGUACGAGUACCAGCCUUUCGCUGGGAAGAUCAAGGACAUUGCUUGGACGGAAGACAGUAAGAGGAUCGCCGUAGUCGGGGAAGGAAGGGAGAAGUUUGGAGCCGUCUUCCUGUGGGACAGCGGCUCUUCUGUGGGCGAGAUCACGGGGCACAACAAAGUCAUCAACAGCGUGGACAUCAAGCAGACCAGGCCGUACCGGCUGGCGACGGGCAGUGACGAUAACUGUGCCGCCUUCUUCGAGGGGCCACCGUUCAAGUUCAAGUUUACCAUUGGCGACCACAGCCGCUUCGUCAACUGCGUGCGCUUCUCCCCUGACGGGAACAGGUUUGCUACGGCCAGCGCUGACGGCCAGAUACACAUCUACGACGGGAAGACGGGAGAGAGCGUGUGCACCCUAGGCGGGGGCAAGGCUCACGACGGAGGCAUCUAUGCUAUUAGUUGGAGUCCUGAUAGCACUCAUUUGCUUUCUGCUUCCGGAGACAAAACCUCGAAAAUUUGGGACGUCAACGUGAACUCGGUCGUCACCACGUUCCCCAUGGGCUCCAACGUCCUGGACCAGCAGCUGGGCUGCCUGUGGCAGAAGGACCACCUGCUCAGCGUCUCCCUGUCCGGGUACAUCAACUACCUGGACAAGAACAAUCCCAGCAAACCCCUGCGGGUCAUCAAGGGUCACAGCAAAUCAAUCCAGUGCCUGACGGUGCAUAAAAACGGCGGCAAGUCCUACAUCUACUCCGGGAGCCACGACGGACACAUCAAUAUCCUUUGA